GCUGAAAGGAAGAAUUAACUGGUCUUUCAACUUCAGCCUUUUUAUUGUGAGAGGAGAGAUCACAGAAGUGUUACCAUGGGGAGAACAACAGCGAAAGAUUCAAAGAAUAUUAAAAAAGAGAAAGAUGGAAAGAAUCAGCAGGCAAACAACCCAGCUUUAAAAAGUGAACACUUUAAUUGGGAUGAUUAUCUGAAAGAGACUGAAUCAGUAGCUGCCCCCCUGCAUUGUUUCAGACAGUCUAGAAUUCCACCUACAAAUGAUUUCAAAGUUGGCAUGAAACUGGAAGCCCGUGAUCCUCGCAAUGUUACCUCAGUUUGUAUAGCUACAGUAAUUGGAAUCACUGGUGCCAGGCUAAGGCUGCGGCUGGAUGGAAGUGACAACAAAAAUGACUUCUGGAGGCUUGUGGAUUCCUCAGACAUACAGCCCAUUGGGACCUGUGAAAAGAAAGGGGGCAUGCUCCAGCCUCCACUUGGGUUCCAGAUGAAUGCAUCCUCUUGGCCAAUGUUUCUCUUAAGAACUCUCAAUGGAGCUGAGAUGGCACCUGCAGCAUUCUUUAAGAAGGAACCACCAAAACCUGUGCCAAACUGCUUUAAAGUUGGAAUGAAACUUGAAGCUAUAGAUAGAAAGAACCCAUACAUGAUUUGCCCAGCAACCAUUGGAGAUGUUAAAGGAGAUGAAGUUUUUGUUACAUUUGAUGGCUGGAGAGGAGCAUUUGACUAUUGGUGCAGGUGUGAUUCUCGAGAUAUUUUCCCAGUCGGAUGGUGUAGCUUGACAGGAGAUGCAUUACAACCGCCAGGGAACAAUGUUUCCAUUACAAAGAGCAGUGCAAAAAUCCAAUCUUCCCCUUCCAAAGUGACCCGGCGUUCAAUGCAGUCUCCACAGAAAUCUGCUCCAGUACCAGCGCAGCGGAGCAGGAAACCAGGUCGGGGCAAACCCCCUGGACAGUCUGAAGUUCCCAAGAAGGGCAGGUCUCCUAAAAAUAUUCCCCUGACAAAAAGCACCUCUCAUACUGAAAAUCUUAAAACAAGGAAAAAAAGUUUAAAACCUGGAAAAAAGAAAAAAAUUUUGUCAGAACAACAGACUCCUAACUCUCCCUCUCCUCAGUCAUCUCCUGAGGGGGAAAAUGGCACUACGCAGAUACUUAAAGAUGGAAUCAGUUUAUCUGGUGCAACUGCAGCAGUUAUAUCCACAGUGUGUGUUUAUGUGAACAAACAUGGAAAUUCUGGGCCUCACCUGGAUAAGAAGAAGGUACAGCAGCUUCCAGACCAUUUUGGACCAGGUCCUGUCAAUGUGGUACUUCAACAGGCUGUACAGGCUUGUGUGGAUUGUGCCUAUCAAGCCAAAACAGUCUUUGGAUUUCUGAAAUCUGGCCAUCACGGAGGGGAAAUGAUAACUGUUAAUGCUUCCUUUGAUGGGGAAAAGCAUGCCAUCAAUCUUCCUUCUGUAAACAGCGCAUCGUUUGUCCUGCGCUUCUUGGAGAAACUCUGCCACAGUCUGCAGUGUGAUAAUCUCUUCAGUAGCCAGCCUUUCAGCCCUUACAUGGGAUGUGCACAUAGUCCUAUGGAGUAUGAUAGGAAUAAGCCAGCCAAAGAAGAAAUACCUGAAAACAGGAGUGCUAAACGAUACCCUCAGGACUCUCCACCAUAUACUGCUCCUCUUUCACCUAAGCUUCCCAGAAACGAUGCUCAUCCAUCUGAAGCAGAAACAUUGCCUAUAGAGGAAAACAGCACUUCCAAAGAACACAGAUUUUCUGAGGAUUCUAUGGAUUCUGCACUUAAUUCUGUAAAUUCGUCAAACCCAACCUGUCGAAAUUCCACAGAGUACCGCACUUCAGGAAAUGCUGCAUAUUACAGAAAUUCCCAUCAGCCAGCAACUGCUACCUCAAACUCGGCCCCAGUCCUGCGCAGGCUGUCCCUGAGCUCUGCUGGGAGCAGUGGUUACUGUGAAGUCAGUAGGAACCGGAUACAGAGGCGGAUUGAAGCUGCAAGUUCCACAACUGGACCGGAUUUGAAUUCACUAAAAAGGGAACCUUCAAGAAUACCAAAUAAAGAUCCUUCCACCUGGUCAAUAGAGGAAGUAGUGCGCUUUGUGAAAGAAGCUGAUCCACGGGCACUGGCUCCACAUGCAGAACUCUUCAGGAGACAUGAAAUUGAUGGGAAGGCACUGCUCUUACUGAGGAGUGAUAUGAUAAUGAAAUAUAUGGGACUGAAGCUGGGUCCUGCCCUAAAGUUGUGCUAUCACAUUGAACGACUUAAACAAGGGAAGUUCUAGCCAGUGGGAAUUCCACAAACGUGUGUUCAGAUCACACCAAGCUCUCAGGUUCACAGCCAACGCCUUGAUUGGAAACUCUUUUGCUGAUAUAAACAUUUAUUUUUUUAAAGUUCUCUCAAAAUAUA